AUGAUUUUGACAUGGCUACUCUUGUUAGGUGCAGCAGUUCUGGAGGCCAGAUCAGCGACCCGUCUCCAGCUGGUGAAUGGAAGGCACAGAUGUGAAGGUCGCGUUGAGCUCUAUUACAACGGCCGCUGGGGAACAGUGUGUGACGACCAGUGGGACCUGAGUGAUGCCCGGGUGGUUUGUCAGCAGCUGGGCUGUGGCCAGCCCAUGGCUGCCCCGGGCAACGCGUACUUCGGCCUCGGCUCUGGGAGCAUCUUCCUGGACGAUGUGCAGUGCCGCGGGGACGAGCCCUCCCUCCAGAUGUGCAGGCACAACGGCUGGGGUGUGCACAACUGCAGGCAUGUGGAGGAUGCCAGUGUCAUCUGUGCAGGUGCGUGGGCACCAGAGGCCACCAGCUCUCCUGGGCCACCACCUUAUUUUUGUGGUGGCUCAAUCUCAGAUUCCUCUGGGAUGCUGCAGAGCCCCUUCUACCCUGGAAGCUAUCCAAACAACACUGACUGCGUGUGGGAAAUACAAGUAGAGAGCAAUUUCCGUGUUAUGCUCACAUUUAGAGAUAUUGCGAUGCAAAGUGGCAGAUGCCAGUAUGACUACGUUGAAGUCUAUGAUGGGCCUCCACAUUCUUCCCCGCUUCUUGGGAGACUUUGUUCUGGUUCCUUUCCCACGUACACAUCCUCUUCAAACAUGAUGACCGUUCGCUUUCAUAGCGAUUCGAGAUACACCUUCAGAGGGUUUCAGGCUCACUACUCCUCCAUUCCGGCAGAUCACAACACUACCCUUCUGUGCUUGCCAGACUACAUGCGUGCGGUGGUGAGCAGAGACUACCUCCAGUCUCAAGGCUACUCGGCGCAGAUGGUCACCCUGAACGACAAUCGCUGUCAACCAACAGUCACGUCACACGAGGUCAUAUUCAACAUUCCCUACAACGGCUGUGGGACGAUCCGAGAGGAGAACAAUGAUACAAUUAACUAUUCCAACACGAUCAAAGUUACAUCUUCUGGGCACAUAAUCAGGAGGAAAAAGACUAUUCACUUACGUAUUAGUUGCAAAAUGCUACAGAACGCAUGGACGCAAAUAAUGUAUGUUGCUGAGGACACUGUGGACGUGAAUGAAAAUCAGUUUGGAAGAUAUGACAUGCACAUCGGUUUUUAUGAUUCCUCAUCAUUCUUGCGGCAAGUGCACGACUCUCCGUACUACAUUGACUUGAACCAAAACGUGUACGUUCAAGCUUCUCUUCACAACUCUGACCAAAAUCUGACCAUCUUUGUGGACACAUGUGUGGCAUCACCUGAUCCUCAUGAUUUUAACUCUUUGGCCUAUGACAUAAUCAGGAAUGGAUGUGUUAGAGAUUCUUCCUACACCACGUACUACUCCCCCUACGGCCACUUUGCUCGGUUCAAAUUUAAUGCCUUCGAGUUCAUUAGCCGCCACGCGUUGGUCUACCUGCAGUGUGAGCUGGUGGUGUGCGGGCUCGGGGACUAUUCCUCCCGCUGCUACCGGGGCUGCAUCAGCAGGUCCAAGAGAGGGACAAGUUCUGCCGAGGAAAAAGUGAACGUGGUUGUCGGGUCACUCAAGCUUCGAGAAGGGAGUAGGAAUGCUGGGCUGGACGUCUCUGUGCCGCAUCCCCAGGUUGUUCCCGCUGAUGGUGACAAUCCCCUCCCACCACUUGUUGUUGCUGUCGCCGUCCUGGCAGUGGUCGUUUUUGUUCUUGCCGGUUUUGUUGCGAGACCUGCACUGAAGAAACCGCUUUCGCUCAGGAUAAUGUGA